AUGCACUUCCUAGGAACAAGGCUGUUGCUGUUUUCUGGCUUUACACAGGCUAGUCAAGUCUUUCCUCGGACUCCCCUCGACAACAUCUGCAAGUUAGGAGAGAAGGGUACCCUUCUAGAGCGCACUCAGGCAAUUUUGGAGGACAAUCAAGGUGUCUGCGGUUCCUCCAACAAACAGUUCGAGUCAAAGGUUCACAAUCCCUGGACCCAAAAGCCAAUUUGCAUGCCCCAGACCAGCAGCAACCAAACAUACUGCGUUUACACCCACAAGAAUCACGCCAAUGGCCGGGGGAUAACCUUUCUCACCUCUCCAGAUGUCGAACGAACUCUGGCCAACGAACCUUACUUUGCCCAGAAGUUUCCACCACAUGUAAACAACUUUAGCAACCCACCUUAUGAAGUUCGAAAUGUGCCUGGUCGAGGAAAUGGACUUUAUGCUACAAGACAGAUAGAGCUCGGGGAAGUGAUAGUGGCUGAGACCCCAGUUGGAAUCUUCCAAAGCGAUGCAUUUCCCCACGACAAGGCUCUAAAAUAUCAGUACAUAAAUGCUGCAUUCAAGAGCUUGCCCUCUGAGACUCAGGAAGCAUUCAUGAAGAUGGCAGCUAUGCACGGAGGAAAGGAAGAUGAAAUCACGGAAAGGAUCCACACGAACUCAUUUCAUGGAGAAUUUGCAGGCUUGGAGCAUUUCAUGGUUUUCCCUCAAACUGCUGUAAGCUCAUAUUUUACGGCCAAAAUCAUGCGCUAAUCAAUUGUUAGUUUAUGAACCAUGACUGUAGACCAAAUGGGAUGUAUUUCUUUGAUCCAAACACAUUGAUAAAAUCAACCCAUGCCGCACGCACCAUUCUCCCGGGAGAGGAGCUCACAAUCAACUACAUCAGUCUCCUUCGGCUACAUAAAGAACGACAAGAACACCUCCUUGACGUCUGGGGAUUCAAAUGUACGUGUGAUUUGUGCAGUGCGUCCCAAGGGAAGAUCCAAAUCUCCGAUUUCAGAAUUCAACAAAUUCGAUAUAUUCACGAUGGUUUGGCGGAUUGGAGUGCCAGCUCCUAUGCUACUAUAGCCAUGGCUGAGUGGUUGAUAGAGCUCUAUGAAGAAGAACAUCUAUGGGCAUCGAGACCAAUCAGUUAUGUUUUUGCGGCUCUGGCUUACAAUGGUGUUGGUGAUGCGGAAAAGGCGAGAGCAUUUGCUAUAAAAUCUUUGGAGACGGGCAUGAUAAACAGAGGGGUUAAUAAGGAGAUGGGCCCUGGUAAUAAUAACGAUAUUGCCGAUAUGCAGGCGAUCAUAAAGGAUCCAAAGUCUCAUUGGACCUGGAUGGCAAGGCCACCAAAGGUUUGA